AUGAAGAGCUGGUUAGAAACAGCGAGUACCAUAGAAGAUGGAUCCAUGUCUUGCAUGCUAGCGGAGCCAAGAGAAGCUUUACUACCAAUUACGGGAAGAGAAAACUUAGCACCCAGGAAAAGAGAUAGAACACUAGAGCCGUGUUCCAUAUCGGAAGAAGCGUAUCUUUCGAGCGGAGCUGGAUCACCGUGUGCUGGUUUAUCACGUGAAGAACGCAGACGACGACGCAGAGCCACCCUCAAAUACCGCACAGCUCACGCCACCAGGGAAAGGAUUCGAGUCGAAGCCUUCAAUGCAGCGUUCGCAUCACUUAGAAGACUACUGCCAACUUUACCGCCCGACAAGAAAUUGUCCAAAAUCGAAAUACUGCGGUUAGCUAUAUGCUACAUUGCAUAUUUGAAUCAUGUUUUAGAUGCUUAA